AUGAGGCAUCCGCAAUUGACCGUCUUCUUCCUGAUCACUCUGUUCUUCAGUCGGCCAGUUAAUGUUAGUUCCGAUUCGCUGCCCCUGUCAACGCAAUCAAGAUGGGUGGUUUCUUCAUCCGGGGAUCGUAUCAAGUUGAGAUGCGUGAACUGGUCAGGCCAUUUACAUGGCAUGGUGGUCGAGGGGAUUCACAAGCAGCCAGUGAAGGACAUUGCGGCUAGGGUUGCUUCGUUAGGGUUUAACUGUGUUCGGCUCACUUGGGCCACCUAUAUGUUCACAAGGGGCCACCAUACCAAUCUAACUGUGGCUCAGUCCCUCGAGAGAUGGAACUUAACCGAUGCCAAGGCCGGGGUGUACAAGCACAACCCUCAUGUUCUAGGCCUCAACCUCCUCGAGGCUCAGAAAGCUGUAGUCGACGAGCUUGCAGCACAUGAUGUCAUGGUGGUGCUAGACAACCAUGUUAGCUUACCCAAGUGGUGCUGUGCCGACAAAGAUGGCAACGGGUUCUUCGGAGACAAGUACUUCAAUCCCCAUGAAUGGUUGAAAGGCUUAGCAACCGUAGCUAGGCUAUACAAAGGCAAUCCUGGGGUGAUUGCGAUGAGCAUGAGAAACGAGCUAAGAGGGCCGCGCCAGAACCGGAGAGGUUGGUACAAGUACAUAAAGAAAGGUGCAGAAAUCAUUCACAGGACAAACCCAGAUGUCCUGGUGAUUGUCUCAGGCUUGUCUUAUGAUACAUCUCUAAGGUUCCUAAAGCAAAAGCCCCUUAAAUUGAACAUAGGCAAGAAGCUGGUCUACGAGGGUCAUUGGUACCCAUUUGUUGACCCAACUGAGAAGUGGCUGUACCAGCCCAACGAGUUCUGCGGCAAUGCCACCAGGCUGUUCAUUGAUAAAAUUGGGUUUCUGCAAAUACAGUUUCCAUUUUUUCUGAGUGAAUUUGGCAUGAAUAUGAAGGAUGUAGAAGAGAAACAAGAUAGGUAUAUGAGCUGCUUGCUGGCCCAUGUGGCUGAGCAAGAUCUUGAGUGGGCUUUGUGGACUCUGCAAGGAAGCUACAUUCUUAGAGAAGGCAAGGUUGGGAUGGAGGAAUCCUUCGGAAUGUUGACAGCCAAUUGGGACCAUGUUCGAAGCUCAGAGAUGCAGUCAAGGUUGCAGCUUAUUCAACAAAUCAACCGGGAUCCGAAAGCACAUCAUCGAAGCUACAACAUCCUAUUUCAUCCAAAAACCGGGCAGUGCGUGGAGGUUGGCGAGGAUGGAAUUUACCUGAGAGAUUGCAAGAGCUGGGCGAGGUGGAGCCACCUCAAAGGCGGUCCGAUCAGCUUAAUGGGCGGCGACAGGAGGUGCCUGGCGGCGGUCGGAGAAGGGCUGCCGGCGAUCGUGACGAGUAAUUGCUCGAGUAACUGGAACAUGGUUUCUGGGUCGAAGCUUCAUUUAGCCAGCAGAGACGAACAUGGAAGAUAUCUGUGUUUGGAUUGGGAUUCUUCCGGCUCCUCUGGCUCUUCAAGAAUCCUCACCAACAAGUGUCUUUGCUUGGGAUCUGAUCUUCAAGAUGUUCCUCGCUGCGAGGAUGAUCCCCAGAGACAGUGCCGUCCGCCAACUCCUUCUGCGUCGCGGUCUUUGUCCAUCAAGCUCUACUUGCGUCACUAUUUGUCUCUGUCGAGCCUUGUCUCAGUCCAAAUUAGUCCCUUUAGGUUGUCAUCUCCGUCUUUCUCCAUCUCUGUCCAUCGAGCUCCACCUACAUUGCCAUCUCUAUCCAUCUCCGCCCAGAUUAGUCUAUGUGACUGGGACUCACACACUGUAGACGAGAUUGCCUUCUUCUCGUGGGUUCACCAUGGAGAUGAUGAAGACCAAAGGAAAUUGAUAGAGAUGGUUUCGUUGGUUAACAUGGGGCGAUAUGGAAGUCGUGGAUCUGUCCAUGGCAAUGGGCGAUGUUUCAGUGAUGGUGGACAUUGCGUCGUCAUGAUCGUGGUCGUCGUGUCAUCGGCUAUGGCGUCAUCCUCUCAAUCGAUUGAAUCGUUCGAUUUCUGGUCUUCUGCCCUCCUUCUUCUUGUUCCAAUCGACAACCUCUAUAGCUACUGUUAA